UCUGCUGUUUAAUUUUUCUGAACAACGAUCUCUAUACUUGCUUUGACUUCAAUCAGUUACAUGCCCUGUACUUGCUCCACUUCGAUCCUCACAUAUCCGUGUACGUGUGUUUUUCCAAACUUCCAUGUUUAAUAGCCACAUAUUGAACCAACGCCGAUGUUCCAUAUCUGUGCAACUAAUAUGUUUUCAGUCAUAACAAAGGUCCAAAUUCUUAGUCUUUUCUUUAUUAACUUCACCUUCCAUUAAGGUAACUCUGAAGAGUUGUUAUCUUUAUAUCAAGUAUGUUUAAGUAUUAUCUAUUUUAUCAAAAAAUAACUUAAACCAUUUUAUUAGACAUAUUUUAAGUUUUAUACAUUCUCAAUAACUUUCUAAUUACUAGAUGUGAAAUUUCUUACUCUUUACAUCUCUCUCUGCCCUUUUCUUUUUAAUUUUUGUUUUUUUCCUUCUUCGUCUUUCAUUCUUCUUUUUUUUUAAUUGCUUUUCUCAGAUUUUUUGGUUCUAGAUCGAAUAGCUUUUGUUACCAUGUCAAGGUUUAUAUUAAAUAUGUUUAAGGAUGACUUAUUUCACCAAAAUAACUUAAAUCUCUUGGUUAGAAAUAUCUGAAGAUUUACAUAUUUUUAUUCAACUUUCUGAUGACUCGACAUGGGACUUCUUUCUCUAAUAGUAACAUCCUCGAACACUUUGUCGGAGAUUGGAGAAAUAUUGAGAAGAUGGGUUCUUUAACAGUUUCCCAGAUUCCUAUUAUUGACUUCAGUGAUGAAAACAUGAAGCCUGGUACAGACACCUGGUUUUCAGCUAGCCAAGUGUUGCGAAGUGCUGUAGAGAGUCAUGGUUGUUUUUAUGCAAUGACUAAUGAGAUUUCUAUGGAGCUUUUCAACUCAGUGUUUGCUCUAAUGAAAGAACUGUUUGAUCUUCCACUAGAAACCAAAAAUCAAAAGACCAGUGAAAAGCCUAACCAUGGUUACUAUCCACGAAUUCCAAAAGCACCAUUAUAUGAAUCUGUUGGAAUCGACUUGGAUGGCUCCACCAACGAGGAAGCAAUUCAAAUGUUUGCCAACAAGAUGUGGCCGAAAGGAUAUGAUCAUUUCUGUGAGGCAAUCAAUCUCUAUGCAAAGCUGCUCGUAGAAAUGGACCGAACUGCUAAAAGAUUAUUGUUUGAUGCUUAUGGUUUGGACAAAAGAGACUGUGAUUCCUUGCUUGAAUCAACCAACUACAUGUUUCGGAGCUUCAAAUACCUCGUACCCCAUAAGACACAGAAUACCUUAGGAUUGUAUGCUCACACAGACAGUUCAUAUUUCACCAUAAUACAUCAGAAUAACGUGGCAGGUUUGCAAGUUAAGCUAAAAACUGGUGAAUGGGUCGAUACUGAUCCCUCACACUGUAUGUUUGUGUUCCUAGCAGGCGAUGCAUUAAAGGUUUGGAGUAAUGAUAGAAUACAAUCUUGUGAACACCGAGUCAUUAUGUGGGAAGAGAAGGAGAGGUACUCCAUGGGAUUACUUUCGUACAAUCGCAAGAAGGUUCAGACACAUGAAGAGAUGAUUGAUGAAAAACAUCCAUCACGAUAUAAAGAAUUUAACCAUUAUGAAUAUAUAAAUUUGCGCAGCAAGUUUCCCCCGCAGGAGGAAAUUUCAAAUUUUAUUCUACUGUGAGUGCUUAUUAUAGUUCUGGAUGCUAGUAUAAUAAUAAACGCAUCUUCUGUGUCGAGCUUCUAUUUGCCAUAUGUAAAAGAAAGCUGAUUUUUGGACUUUAAGUUACCUUGUAUGAUGCGGUUUUCCGAUCUGAUGUUAUAUAAGUUGAAAGUUAAAUCAAGUCUACCAUUUGUUGCAGAAGCUGAA